UAUGAAUACAACAAAGUGCUUCUGCAAAAACAAGAACCAAACAAAAACCAACACUUACUACUUCACUAACCUCUCUCUCUCUCUCUCUCUCUCUCCUUCCUCGACUUUCUUCCAUUCCAUUGGAGUUCGCAAUCUGCUGCGCCACUCUCUCAUCUUCUUCGCACAUCGCCAUCCUCUAAUCUUCAGCACCGCUGCUCGCCGGAGCAUCUCCGGGAGUGUUUUCCGACGUAUCUGCUGCGUUCUUCUUGUCGGUUACAUCUCUAAUUGCGACACCACCGGUGCGGGUUUAGGGCGAGGACAUCUGUAGCUUCCGAAGAGUUUAAUUUUGUCUGUUGAUGCGAAACCUGAGCUCAAAUCAGUAAUAAAACAGCUCUCCUGGGAUGAUUCCAAUGGAUAAUCACUGUGUGCCGAGCACUAGCACCGCCGGUUUUGUAUUUCCGGCGAGUUACGGUAUAAAUGCGAUGAACGCCGCCGCUUUGGAUUCAUCGGGUUCGGUUGGUGGAGUCAGACCUGAAGCUGCUUUGGUUAUGGAUUGGUCCGUUGAGGAGCAGUACGUAUUGGAGAAGGGCCUUGCAAAAUUAAAGGAUGAACCCAAAAUUUCAAAGUAUGUAAAGAUCGCUGCAACUCUACCUGAUAAAACUGUAAGGGAUGUAGCAUUGAGGUGUAGAUGGAUGACGCGAAAGCGGAGAAAAAGAGAAGAAUAUAGUGCCGGGAAGAACAGUAGCAAUAGAAAGACCACGCUUCGUCAUGGUAAGGUGGUGGAUACAUCCCCAGAACUGAACAUGCUAUCCAAUGUGCCACAACAAAAUGCUUUAUAUGUCAUGAACAAUAUGUGCCACUCUACACACAUGCCUCUUGAAGGUUUAAGUGACGCAGUAAUGGAUCUUCUACAGCAAAACGUUCAAGCUUUUAGUCAAAUUUCUUACAACCUCUCUGCGUACAAGGAUAACAUCAGUCUCUUUUACCAGGCAAGAAAUAACAUCAGCGCCAUUCUGACUGACAUGAAGGAGAUGCCUGGUAUCAUGAGUCGGAUGCCUGCUCUGCCCGUUUCAAUUAAUGUUGAUCUUGCAAGCCGACUGUUGUCGAGUACACCACAGACAGCGUUCCAGAACAAGAGAUUCGAGAACUGGUAUCGUCAACUUUCAGAAAAACCUGAUUUUCUCAGCCCUUUUAAAAAUGGUUGCCUUCCUUCAAAGCUCGUACCCACUAUCCAUCCAACAACAACUUGUAAAGCUUGUCAUCUUUCCAUGAAUUCCAUCAACACAACCGGAACAGUUGAAAAUGUCGAAUUCUCGAUCCAAACCCUAAUUAAGAGUUGGUGCAGACGACGAAAAUGGCUACAACUCUUCAUCUUCUCCUCAAUACAACAACAGCAACAACAAGUACUCAUCUCCAUCGAACCGCAAUGGAGAAUCGCUCUGUCAGAGUUUCUAGAGUCAUACCAAGUUCACCUUUUCACCAUCUUCUUGCUCUCUCUCGACAUUAUCUUAAUGUCCCUCGAACUAUCUUCGUCUCUUCUCUCCUGCACAUCAGCCAACAAAACCGAAAACAAGGAUGAAUGGUUCCGUUGGGGAGGAACCGCGAUUCUGAGCAUUCUCGCCGUUAAAUCCAUGGCUCUAGCUGUUGCUAUGGGGAAGUCCUUUUUCAGACAACCCGGUUGUGUGAUGGAUGGUGCGGUUGCGAUUAUAGCUCUGGUUCUCCAGGUGCUUCUUGACAGGAAAGGGGCCGGGUUCAUCGUGGUGGUGAGCUUGUGGCGGGUUUUGAGGGUUGUGGAGACUGCCUUUGAGCUUAGCGAUGAAGCCAUUCAAGUGCAGAUAGAUGGAAUCAUCAGCCAGUUUCAAGCUCUUAGUAAAGAGAACAGAUCAUUACUAGAGACUCUUGCAGCGAGAGAUGAAGUUAUCAAGAAGCUGGAAGAAGAGCUAAAUCGAUUCAAAGAAAAUGGCGACAUACCAUAUAUGUAA